GUGAGUACACUUUCCACACUCGUCUCGUGACCGCAAUACCCAAUACACAGUUAACGUUAGCCGUGGUUUAAAUAAUGGAGACUUGGGACAGAUUCCUUGAGUCUGGAGAAAAGCACUGAUUUCAUUUGUUUAUGCGGCUCUUCCCAGAUCAGAUGCGUCUCCGCUCAACCCCAUUCGAGCAAACUCCUGCACCACUCUUCAAUCCCCACUGCUCACUACUGACCAUCCGUUCUCUCACCUACGGGCUCCAUGAAACCUUGGGAUAUCAGUAGUCAGUAGUGACCUUCUUGGGGGCCAUGGAGUUUGCGACUGGGGCACUGGGCACCCUGCUUCCCAAGCUAGGACAGCUGCUCCAAGAUGAGUACAACCUUCAGAAGGGAGUGAAGAAAGACAUCCAGUUCGUCAGGAAAGAGCUGGAGAGUAUGCAUGCCGCCCUCCGCGAUGUCGGAGAGGUGCCACAGGAGCAGCUCAAAGAAGUAAUUAGGAUCUGGGCUCGGGAUGUUCGGGAGCUCUCCUACGACAUGGAGGACAUAGUUGACACCUUCCUGGUGCGUGUCCAGGGCUCCGAGCCUCCCAGCAAAAGGAGUGUGAAAAGGUUCGUCAAGAAGAUGACAAGUAUUGUGAGCAACGCCAAGACUCGCCAUGACAUUGGCCAAGAGAUCAAGGACAUCAAGGAGCGUGUCAAAGACGUGGCCGAGCGACGUGACAGGUACAAGGUUGAUGCUAUUACUCCUACCAAAACUGCAGUUGACCCUCGCAUAACAGCUCUAUACACUAAAGCGGCUAGCCUUGUGGGCAUUGAUGAGCCAAGGGAAGAGCUCAUCUCGAUGUUGACAAAGGAGGAUGUUGGCGAGUCGUCUGUUGGUCAAAGGAUAGUCUCUAUUGUUGGCUUCGGAGGACUAGGCAAGACAACGCUUGCUAAAGCAGUUUAUGACAAGAUUAAACAACAAUACAAUUGCACAGCUUUUAUAUCAGUGUCUCGUGACCCUGAUAUUAUAAAAAUUUUGAAGGACUUGCUUUAUGAGCUUGAUAAGAAUGAGUACAUGGGCAUUCAUAAUGCUGCAUUGGGUCAACAGCAUCUUACUGACCUUGUCCAAGAAUUUCUCAAAAAUAAGAGGUACCUCAUUGUUAUCGAUGAUAUAUGGCAUACAAAACCAUGGGAGAUGAUACGGUGCGCGCUACCUGAGAAUUGCAGGAAAAGCGGAGUACUCACAACUACCCGCAUAAUUGAUGUUGCUGAGCAUGUUGGUGGUUGCUAUAGGAUGAAACUUCUUACUCAAGAUAGCUCUAAAAUCUUAUUCUAUGGACGAAUAUUUGGCUCUAUAGACAAGUGUCCUCCACAAUUUUCUGAUGUAUCUGAAAAAGUUUUGAAGAAAUGUGGAGGUGUUCCGUUAGCUAUUGUUACCAUAUCUAGCUUGCUGGCUAAUAAGUCAAGAAAUAUAAAUGAGUGGUACGACGUGUGUGAUGCAGUUGGUGCCGGAGUGGGAAACAAUCCUGGCAUGGACGACAUGAGGAAGAUAUUGCUGCUUAGCUAUUAUGAUCUAACUCCUCAACUCAAGACAUGCAUACUAUACCUAAGCAUAUUUCCUGAAGAUUAUGAGAUUAAUAAAUUCAGAUUGAUUUUUAGGUGGAUAGCUGAAGGAUUUGUCCACCAAGGAGAUGGGAGGCAAAGCUUGCAUGAGAUUGGACAGAGUUACUUCAAUGAACUUCUAAAUAGAAGCCUGAUCCAGCCAACAGACAUGGAUGACGAUGAGAUGAAUCCUUUUUCUUGCCAGGUUCAUGAUAUGGUGCUAGAUCUCAUUUGCUCCUUGUCAAGAGAUGAAUGUUUUGCUGCCACAUUAAAUGGUGACUGCAAGGAAAUCACAUCUUCUUUGGGAAGCAAGGCUCGGAGGCUCUCUAUCUAUAAUACCACUUGGCCUACUAUUAACAUGUCAACAUUGAGGUCGCUCACUAUCUGCAGUUAUGCUUUAAUUAACAGUAUGCCACCCCUUUCAAGCUUUUAUCUUCUGCGUGUAUUGGAUCUUGAAGAUUGUAAUCUUAGUGAUCAUUCAAGUAUAGAGUUUGUUGGUAAAUUACUUCACAUGAGGUAUCUAAGUCUAGCAGGCACUGGAUAUGCUGGCGACAUCCCAAGAGAGAUAGGGAAGCUACUGUUUUUGCAGUCAUUUAAGUUCGAUGGAACUGACAUAAAAGUACUGCCAUUGAGUUUCUUCGGGCUGAGACAAUUAAUGAGCCUUUAUGUUGGGCACAAUACAAGGCUGCCAACAACAAGUGGGUUGAGAAAUCUAUCAUCUCUGGAGAUGCUAUGGAUUAAUGUGGAUUCUGCAUACGUUGCAGAACAGCUAGGCCAUCUAACACAACUGAAGGUGCUAGGGGUUGUGCUCAUAAAGGACAAGGAAGGCAGAUGCGAUAAAAGCAUGUGCAGUCUCCCUUGGCAAACUGCACAAAAUCCAAAGUCUAGGAGUAGUAAUCCCAGAUGAUGUGGAUGUUGAUCUUGAUGGUUCAUUGGACUCCCUGUGCAGUGUAUCCAAUCUUGCUAUUUUUGGAACCAGUCGGUUGCCGACAUGGAUCGAUCCCACAUCAUUUCUCCUCCUAUCCUACCUGUACAUAAAGGUGGGUCAAAUUAGAUGUGAGGACAUCCAAGUCCUUGGCAUGCUGCAGGCUCUUCUUGUUCUAGAAGUGAGGCCUUGUUUAGUUCACCCUGAAAACCAAAAAAUUUUCAAGAUUCCCUGUCACAUCGAAUUUUGUGGCACAUGCAUGAAACAUUAAAUAUAGACAAAAAUAAAAACUAAUUACACAGUUUAG